CGGGCGGAGCCGGGUUGGGCCUGGGCGGCGGGGCUGUCUCUGGCUGCGGUCCUGCCCCUCCCGUCCGGCCGCCGCCGCCGCCGCCGCCACCGCCGCCGCCGCCGCCGCCGCCUGGGGGUUGGUUGAGGCGGACGGUGGGGUCCCGGCCGGAGUGUGGUACCGCCGCUGCGCGUAGGCGAAGCGGGCAGUCAGAAAAUGGGUAAGAAGAGUCGAGUGAAAACUCAGAAAUCAGGUACUGGGGCCACAGCCACCGUGUCACCAAAGGAAAUCUUGAACCUGACAAGUGAGCUGUUGCAGAAAUGUAGCAGUCCUGCACCCGGCCCAGGGAAAGAAUGGGAAGAGUACACACAGAUCCGAGCUCUGGUUGAGAAAAUACGAAAGAAGCAAAAAGGUCUGUCUGUUACUUUUGAUGGGAAAAGAGAAGAUUACUUCCCUGAUCUAAUGAAAUGGGCCUCUGAAAACGGGGCUUCUGUCGAGGGUUUUGAAAUGGUUAACUUCAAAGAAGAGGGCUUUGGUUUGAGAGCAACAAGAGACAUCAAGGCAGAAGAAUUAUUUUUAUGGGUUCCACGAAAGUUACUAAUGACUGUUGAAUCUGCUAAGAAUUCAGUAUUGGGGCCCCUGUAUUCCCAAGACCGAAUUCUCCAAGCUAUGGGAAACAUUGCACUGGCCUUUCAUCUGCUGUGUGAACGAGCCAGCCCCAACUCUUUCUGGCAGCCAUACAUUCAGACUCUUCCCAGUGAAUAUGACACUCCUCUCUACUUUGAAGAAGACGAAGUACGAUGUCUUCAGUCGACACAAGCCAUCCACGAUGUCUUCAGCCAGUAUAAAAACACAGCACGCCAGUAUGCCUAUUUCUAUAAAGUCAUCCAGACCCAUCCUCAUGCCAACAAACUGCCCUUGAAGGAUUCUUUCACUUACGAGGACUACAGGUGGGCCGUCUCGUCAGUUAUGACACGGCAAAACCAAAUUCCUACAGAGGAUGGUUCCAGGGUGACCUUGGCUCUGAUUCCUUUAUGGGACAUGUGCAAUCAUACCAAUGGCCUGAUCACAACUGGCUAUAACCUGGAAGAUGACCGCUGUGAGUGUGUAGCUCUGCAGGACUUUCAGGCUGGAGAUCAGAUUUACAUUUUUUAUGGCACUCGGUCAAAUGCAGAGUUUGUGAUCCACAGUGGUUUUUUCUUUGACAAUAAUUCACACGACAGAGUAAAAAUCAAACUGGGAGUGAGUAAAAGUGACAGGCUCUACGCCAUGAAGGCUGAGGUCUUGGCUCGGGCUGGCAUCCCAACAUCCAGUGUUUUUGCUUUGCAUUUUACUGAGCCACCCAUCUCUGCCCAGCUUCUAGCUUUUCUCCGCGUGUUCUGCAUGACUGAAGAGGAGCUGAAAGAGCAUUUGCUAGGGGACAGCGCCAUUGACAGGAUCUUCACUCUGGGGAACUCUGAGUUUCCUGUCAGCUGGGACAAUGAGGUCAAACUUUGGACAUUUCUGGAAGAUAGAGCCUCACUUCUUCUAAAAACAUAUAAAACAACAAUUGAGGAAGAUAAGGUCGUCUUGAAAAAUCCUGACCUCUCCGUCCGGGCCACAAUGGCCAUCAAAUUGCGCUUGGGUGAGAAGGAGAUUCUGGAAAAAGCAGUGAAGAGUGCAGCCAUGAACCGAGAGUACUACCGCAAACACAUGGAGGAGAGGGCACCACUGCCCAGAUAUGAGGAGAGUGACCUGGGGCUAUUGGAGGGUGGUAUGGGGGACUCUAGGCUCCCUCUGGUCCUGAGAAAGCUGGAGGAGGAGGCAGGUGUACAGGAGUCUCUGAGCCUAACAGAGACUGUCAGCAAAGUCAAGGCUGCUGAAAAUGGGCUUGUCAAUGGGGAAAACUCCAUCCCUAAUGGGACCAGGUCUGAAAAUGAGAGCUUAAGCACAGAAGAAAGUGAAAACGUGACUGGAGACACCGAAGAGUCUUCAGGAAGCAUGGGCGAGGUGAAGGAGCGGCUCUGAGAUGCUCACAGGAUCCAGUUGAGCAGAAGUUGCGGACAGCCCACCACGUCACCAUGUUCCUUGUUAACAUUUUUCUUUUCGCAGAGAGGAAAAUAUGUUUUUGCUGCUUUAUAUAAAGUGAUUUUUAAGUUAUUUUAAAGAUCUAGCUUCCCUUUUUGAUUAAGAUUGCCAUCUUGCUUCUGGACAGAACAAAGUACUGGACAGCAGCAGAGGAGAGGAGGCGCCCGUGAGAGGCUGCAGACCAGCUGUAGCCACUCGGGGCUCUUCCUUGGGAGAGUGAGGUCCUUGUUCAGCUGUGUUCUGCAGGCCUGCUGUCCUCACUCCAGAAUGAAUGCUGCCUCCGCCUCCUGCUGAAGAGUUGAGGUUGGUCUGGGUGUUGAGUGGAUGGUGGAGAUGAGGCACAGGGAAAGGAAAGCUGGACGAGGUCAUUACAGGUAGAGUCUGGGCAAAAUCUUUUUUUUUUUUUUUUCUUCCUUAACACGAAUAUCCCCAGUACCGAAAGAAAAGGUAAGGUGGCAACCUGAUUUUUAAUGGCUUAAAAUGUUGAUGAUGAUCUUAAUUAUAUAAACACACACACACACACAUAUAUCUAGUGAUUUCUAAGGGUUUAUUUACUUUUUGUGUUCUGUUUUGCUGUAUUAAAAACUUGUCCUUUACCUUAAAUCAAAGUAGGACUCCUGCCUCCUCCUCAGUUUUCACGCUGGCUUUGUUUCAGAGAGGUGCACUGACUCCAGUGGUGGUAGUGGAGUGUCACAGACACCAGCGUGGCUCACUCACGAACGGGGUCAGGAUGAGGCGGCUCCCUGGCUUUCCGGUUCACAACAAGCUAGAGAUUUUCAAAGCUACCCUUUUGAGUAAAACCCCUUAUUAAAAGAGAAAACAUGA